AUGCAAUUAUUUCGUCUCCUCCCAGCCGUAGCCCUAGGCUCAGCUCUAGCUACCGCAGAUAUCGUCACCUACUCCCCUCCAACCGAGCCAGGCCUAUCCUACAGCGUCACCAUCCCCAAUACCACCGCCGCCGCUGGCUCCGGCCCCAUCUACCUACAAAUAUCCGCCCCGACAACUCUACAAUGGGUCUCCUUAGGUGAAGGCGCCCAAAUGGCCUCUGCAAAUCUCUUCAUUCUUUGGGCUGCCUCUCCCACGGACGUCACCUUGUCUCCCCGUUCCAGCUUAGACGGUGGCCAGAGUGAACCUCAAUACAACUCCCAUGCAAACGUUACUCUACUCCCCGGCUCUGGGAUCGACAACGGCGUGAUGAUUGCCAACAUCCGCUGUGAUAACUGUCUCUCUGCCUGGCCAACGCCUGCUGCACCUUCAAGUGACCCCAGUUCUACAUACACCUUGGACCCUGAGGGGGCCUCGACACCUUGGUUCUGGGCUUCUUAUACUGGACCUCCCCUCAACAACCCCGACCCUUCUGCAGACCUGGCGAUGCAUGAUGAUUUGGGUAGCAUGCAGCUCGACUUGAGUCGAGCACAGUUUUCGGUCUCUGGGGCUAUGGCAGAUCCAUCAUACAACCCCUUUCAAUAA